AGCUAAGCGAUCACGUUCGUUAAAAGGUCACAGUAUUUAUGAGAUAGAAGUCGUAAUUUGUUCGUUAUUGUGUGAGCCAAACAUUAGUCAGGAAUGGCAGCAGCGGACUAUAAAAAAGCUUCAUCCAUUUACGACUUUAGUGUACAAGAUAGUUUCGGAAAUGAAGUUAAUUUAAGCCAAUUUAAAGGAAAUGUUGUGUUGGUGGUAAAUAUUGCGUCUCAAUGUGGCCUAACUAAGUCAAAUUACGCAAAGCUUACGGAACUCAAUAAAAAGUACAAUGAUGCCGGACUUCGGAUCCUUUCAUUUCCGUGCAACCAGUUCGGAUCCCAGUCGCCAGAGAGUGAUGGUGAUGAAAUGGUCUGUCACUUGAAUAAUGCCAAAGCGGACGUUGGUGAGGUCAUGAAAAAGGUAAAAGUGAACGGUGACGAUGCGGAGCCAUUGUUCAAAUAUCUUAAGCAUAAACAAAGUGGCACAUUUGGUAAUUCGAUCAAGUGGAAUUUUACGAAAUUUUUGAUUGAUAAAGAUGGACAACCGGUGGAUAGAUUUGCGCCGACUACCAGUCCUUUGGAUAUUUCCGGAAGAAUCGAAAAAUUGUUGAAACAAUAGAACUGUACAGCCACAAAUGUAUUCAUUCAUUCAGUUAAAGUUUUAUUGAUUUUAAAA